UCUACAUAUUUCCCCCCUCCUGUUUCCAUCCAAAACAAACAAAUUCUUUCUGCUCGCUCCCCCCAAAUCCCCAGCCCGCCGCCGUCCUGUCAACCUCGCCGGCACCGUGAUCGAUCGAUGGGGGCCUCCGUCGACGUCGUCCCCGAUUGGGUGGGCGACUUGGGCGAGUCCGUCGGCCCCGUCGACUACGGCUGCGUGCGCCGGUGCCGUCACCGCCGCCUCGCCACCUACCUCCGGCUCCACGGCUUCCGCGACGCCCUCCGAGGGUUGCUGAACGAGACGGACGCGUACAUGAGCGUCAUCCACCUGUCGCGGCUGGUGCAGCAGGGGCUGUGGGACGACGCCAUCGCCUACGUCUCCCGCUUCCUCCGCCCGGUCUCGCACCCGCAGAGCGACGAGGCCCAGGUGCUCCUCCACUUCCUCAUGCACCACGCCGCCUUCGCCAGCAUGGUCGCCGGCGUGCCCGACCGCAACCUCAAGUACUUCAACCACAAGUACAACACACGGUACCUCAAGCACGACGACUCCAUCUCCUUCGACUGCCUCAGGAUCCGCUCCAUCGUCCUCUCCAUUCUCCAUUCGGAGCAAGUCAGAUCCUCGCUGGACUGGGAGCGCGUUCGUUGCAAGGCGUCUCAAAUCGUCCAACACUUGGCUUAUAAGGCUCCAGAGUUGAAAAACGUGGCCCUGUUGCCGGGCGGCCCGAUGAUGCCCCACGAUGUGCUUCCCAUCGGAUUCAGGUACCGUAGGAGGCGUCAUGUGAAGGAACAAGACCUGCCAGGACCUAAAACACUGGCCAAGAUCUACCUUAGGACCAAAAAGGGGCUGCGUUCGUCGACCCGCAGUCACAAGUUAAAUAGUGGAUUGACGAACAAGACAAGGAAGUGGCUCGUAGAUCUUAUUGAUGAAAGCUUGCAAGCUGGUCUGGAACUUCAAUCAAGUGGGAAGGAAGGUGUUCCUGGUGCUUCAGUCUCGAACGCCACGUCUGGUACCGCAGCACAUCUUACUAAAAAUUCUGGGACCUCGUCAUUGACAAAUGCAGCUGCUCCUGUUGCUCCAGUUUCGCGGAGUAUGCUCGGUACCUUGAGAACAUGUGCUGAAGUAUCUGGUAUCUCAUCGGUGACCAAUCAAGGUGCUCCUGCUACUUCAGUCGCGCAGGCAGUGAAGUUGACAGACAGUGCUCAGAACACUGGAAUCGCAUCAGUAACAAAUGCAGGCAUCUGAAGCUGGAGGAGGGAUGCAUGAAAGCUAGUCCAGUCCAUGGGAUGGGUGGUGUUUCUUUGUGGACAGGACACAAGAUAGAGAGAGGCUUAACUUGUUGUUACUGAUGCAUGGUUGAGUUCAUGUAAUGGCCACCGUUUUGCUUAUAGACAACACACAGUGAUGGGUUAUGGUCAAAUAUCAACAGCAAAUAAAUGUAUGCAUGUAAUGUACUAUCAAGUAUAAUGUGGUGACGCUGGAGGAAGUUGCUUUAAUUUGUUGUUGUUACUGAUGUAGUAGUGGCCACCGCUUUGCUUGUAGACAGUGAUGCCAAGUAUCAGCAGCAAAUGCAUGCAUGUAAUGUACUCGCUGUGAUGAAGUAUGAUUAAUGUAUGUUUGGAUAU